UCGUCCUGUUAUCGUUUGUCAUAAUCAUAACAAAACAAACAUUAUUUUACAUUGAUCACAACAAAAACAAUAAACCUAUAAUAAGGUAUAGUUUUUAAUAAUUAUUAAAUGAUGCAUUCCUACGACCGUAUCGCAAUGUCUAUAUUGAGAUUUGUGAGUGGCGAUAGCGAACAUAUUUGUAGGUUAUGUUUUGCGACAACAGAAAAGGAUGAAGUUUCCGUAGAAGAUUGUGUAAGAGUUCGGAAAUCUUAUUACGAUGAGACACUUACUUAUGUUACAAUGUUCCGUGAUCUUGGUGUGUCAACAGAUCCGCUAUUGCCACAAGUUUUAUGCAAGUCUUGUGCUACAAACACCAUAAAUUGUUAUUUGUUCCAAAAACUUGUCGUGUUUUCAAACGAUAGUUGGCAUGAAGUAUUGGAUCAAUUAAAUAACAGUCUCACAUGUUCAGAUGUAAUUGGAAAUAAUGCUCAAAGUAUCUAUCUUAUGAUAAACAAAAGUGAUAACUUAAUAUUAACCAGUAGAAAGAGGUUUGCAUCAAAAAGCAAAAAGAUGGUAUUGCUUAAAAUAAAGGAAAUAAUGAAAAGUAGGCAAAAGUAUGAAAAGGUAAAAGAUUCUGCCAUAGAUUCCAUAUGCGAGGAGUGUGGCGAGAGGUUCAGCUCCAGUUUGCUCCUCAUCAGACACAUGAAGCUCCACACUAAAUAUAAAUACCCAUGUAAUAAAUGUCCAAAGGUAUUUUCAACACAGAUUCAAUUGGAGGAGCAUGCUGAAAGGAUUCAUUAUCCAAAAAAGAUACAAUGUACGAAAUGCACGAAACUCUUCAGUACAGAGAGAAUGCUGAAAGUACAUGACAGUGCAUAUCACAUCCCAGCCAUUUGUAAACAAUGCUAUAUUCAAUAUCCAUCAAAGAAAGCUUUAAGAGCUCAUAUGGACAAGCACAAACUGAACAGAUGUUUGCGCUGCAAUAAACACUUUCUUAACAAACACACCUACAAAUUCCACCUCAAUAUAUGUGGCAAUGGCAAAGAAAAACUGCCAAGUUUCUUUUGUGAUAUUUGCAAUAAAGGUUAUGUAAGAAAGAAUGGUUUGCGGACCCAUUUAAAAACUGAUCAUGGUUUCGGCAAAGUCCUCACAUGUAAUUGGUGCAAUAAAAAAUUUGAUGCUGUAAGCAGACUGAAGAAUCAUAUAGUCAAGCAUACAAGAGAAAGAAAUUUCAGUUGUGAGCAAUGUGGUGGAAAAUUUGUUACUCAUGCUGCCUUAAUCUACCACAUAAGGCUACACACAGGUGAGCGGCCAUUCCCAUGUGACAUCUGUGAUGAAAGCUUCCUAUCCGCAUCAAGAAGGAUGGAGCACAAGAGGCGGAAGCAUAUUGGACCAACAGAGGAGUGCCCCGUCUGUCAUGUUAAGUUUAUCACAGGGCAUCAACUACGCAAGCAUGUGCAAAGGCAUUCCAAUCCACACAGUAAAUUAUAUGUUGCUGAUGUUGGGCAACAGUAUUCAAUACCUGCAAAUUAAUAGUAAAAAAGUGCAAAUCA